AUGGCACCCCGGAAAUGGAGCACUCCUGAGCAGGAGGCAUGGCUGCGUCCUUGGUAUGAGAAGUAUCGCGCAAAGCAAUCAGACCGAGCCAAGAACUGGGCAAAUUUCUUUACCGACUUGUUGGAGGAGUGGCUUGAUGUAUUCCCCGAGCCAAGGCCAGCUACAGUGCCACCUAUUGGGCCGCUGACCAUGGAUGAGCUUGUGAUCAUGGAUCAGGCUGAAGCCGAGCGAAAAAAGAGAAACCGUUUCAAAAAUAGCCUCGGGUCUACGAAGACGGGACGGCAAGCAAAGGCUGAGGCCGCAAACAUCUUCAAUGCGGUGCUGAAGAGUGUCACCGAAUGUGAAAAGCCGACACGUUCCCUUCAGGAAGUCGAGGCAUAUUCCAAACUUUACUACCAGAGGCGUGUAAAGGUCAUGGUUGAUGACAGACUAAAGGCAGAAGCUGAGGCGCUACAAGCCGAGAACAAGGCACUUACUAAUGGGAUGUGUGUAGCCAUUGCCAAAAAGGUGGCAGCGAACCUCUACGAAGGAGAGACAAAUGAAGUUAAGGCGGAGGUACGGAAGUACAUCGAGGAUGCGAAGAUGCAUAGAGACAACGAGAAGGAGGGAAUGUGGAGCGAAGACGAUUAUGGGAGAAAUAUUGAAAAACUCGCCGCUAUGGUCAAUAAAUUCUUGACCGGACUUGCGGAUGCGACAGGGUUUUCGUUCUCCCUCCUCGCAGGUGGCCCUUCUCCAGAGCUUGGUGGAUUGAUUGAUGUCUAUAGUUUUCAUGUAGGUCAAACGAAGUAUGGGAACAACUUCAGUCAAACAUACCCAGAAUUUGAGAGCGCUAUCAUGGCUCCUUUCAAAGACUAUCUGCACAGAGUUUAUCCAGAGGCUACAGCGACUUUGAAGGCGAGGCUAGGGAGUGCAAGCGAUGAUCUCGAUCAUGAUGAUGGUGGUGAUCGUUCACCGAUAAGUGCGGGGUUAGGAAUUAGCCAUGAUGACACAUCUGGUCAGGUGAUGUUCAACACAUUGUCCCAGGCGGACAAAGUCCCAGACAUCAAUUUGCCUGAAAACUCGACUGAUAUCAAUUGGCCAGACAUAGACGACUCAUUCUGGGAGGGACUCUCUGCGCAAGUCGAUGCAUUUGAGGCGUCAGGUGGAAAUCCAAACCUGCCAUGCUUACCUCCCUACCCGCAGGCAGCAUCUGCCUUGGAGUCGCUGCCAGCUCCCUUAACUCCACCUCCUGGCUUGCCCCCAAACACGUCGCCAUCACCUCCCAUAACUCCACCUCCUGGCUUGCCCCAAAACAUAUCUCAGCCUGCACCCAUUGUGGUACCACUGCAGGACUUACCCACACCACUGCAGAACUCACCCGCACUUCCUCCAACCACCACAUUGUCCUCUGAGUCUACGCGAAUCCAGGCCCCAUCCAUGGAUUUAUUUCAGCCUACACCCAUCUUAGCUCCGGAGGACUCACCCAUGCUUCCUCCAGCUGCUGUUCCUUCGUCCGCUGCGCCAGUUUCAUCCCCAUCUACCAUACCCGAUCAACAAAGUCAGCCUCUCGCACCCGUCGCAUCCCCAUCUACCAUGCCCGAUCAACAAAGCCAGCCUCCCACACCCAUCGAGUGUUCUGUUCUGCGCAGGACCGGCCGAGUCUCUGUUCCAUCCUCGCGCAAUGUUAUUGCUAACAGUAUUGGUGACAACCGUCUGAUUGCUAGCAAGCGCCGUGGACCGGCAGGCGAAGAUGGUGUCUCAGGUCACAAGAAGAAACAAAGAGUUUAA